AUGGGCGAAAUUGGGUGGUUCUUGCCUCGAAGAUAUUGGUCUCCUCUGGCAUUCAAAAUCCUUCUGGCCUGCGAGCUUCCUUUCUCCGUCGGGAUUUUAACCCUUACUGGCAUUGCGGCUCCCAACUUGUAUCGAACCAGACUCUGGCAAGAUGGGGCAGACAACGGCUUCAACAGCUCUCCAAACCAGAAAGUAUACGCUUUUGCCAACUACCAACCGUACACCACUCCCAAGCCAUGGAGUCAAUUUAUCACCAACUUCAACCUCGUCAUAACUGUCCUCAGUUUGUUCUUUUUUCUUACGAAAACGCCCAUGUUUGUGAUGGAAGUAUUCUACCCGCCGCUCUCGGUGUUAGUUCAUGGUAUUUGCAUCUUGCUAUAUUCGGUGGCUGCUGCCUACCAAGGUGCAAGCGAUACAAGCGAUCCCAAACACCCGCAGAAUGGGCCUCCAUGGUACAUUACGAAGAAUUGCAAUGUGGCCUCGCUUCAUACGAACGUCAAUUACUGUAACCAGGCUAAAGCGACAUUUGCCCUUACAAUUGUCAUGAUAUUCAUUUUCCUCCUCCAGCUUAUCUUAGCAGUCGUUUCUUGCUUCCCAACUGAAGAGGACUUUGAAAAGAAGAGACUAAAGGAAGAGCGAAAGUCGACACUGGCGGAGCUCAGGUCAAUGAAAUCACCGCUCAACCCGGAUGGGACGAUGUCAUUCCCGCUCACGACCCCGCGAACCACCGCUUUUAAUAAACUCGAGGGGAACUCAGACCUACCUUUGCGCGACCGAUCUGAUAGUUAUUCAACAAUGCCCCGUGAGGAAGAAACCCAUGAAAUGCCUAAGCCACCGGAGCAGGCGCAAAUGUACUUCCCACCACCUCCCCAAGCAGCGACGAAGGGCAAAGCAUAG